GUUCAGAUGCGGCGUGGGUCAAUGACAGAGAGUGAUAGAUAUGAACUCUUGCAAUAUUUGAAGACCGUGGAGUGCGAGGAGUACAUUGAUCUAUUUGUUGCGAAUGACAUCAAGAUUGAUCUGCUUCCCCAGCUCGAUAGACACGCUUUGAAAGAAAUCGGCAUCACCAAAGUUGGAGACAGAUUGCGACUGCAGGUUUUGAUCCAUCUUUUAAAUACUGAGAGACUCAAGUCACGAGUAAAUGUGAGUGAUCUGGCAGAGGUUGUUUCAAACGCUUCUGCCACAUUGAACAGCGUUGAUAAGACAGUCACGUAUAACGACAAAGCCCGGCGGUCGUCAGCCACUUUCAAGGUUGAAAACGAGUACAAGAACUGUGUCACAAUCAUUGGGCCGGACGGCCACAAGAACGAGGUCAACGUGACAGGGUGCUUCAGCUCAACCUCGAUCAAGAGAAAAGCUGUCAGAAAGAUGGGCAUUUCAGCCACACACGUCGAAGAGUGGAAAGCGUACUACGUUGAUGAAGAUAAUAAUCUGCACAUGAUGUUUGAUGCAGAGUUCACGGCACUGUGCCACUCUCCUGACCGUCCAGAAAAAAAACGUAUUAUUCUAUGUCAUGCGAGCGAGUCACCGUCGGAAGCAGCUUUGGCAACCUCGAAGUCCAUCUUGGCAAGUGGGGGUACGGAAACCAAGACUUUGAAGAAUUUCCUUGGACAGAGACCGCCUUCACAGCUAAUCUCCACCAACCUUGGAGAAUACUUCCCUGACACUGGGGCCACCGAGUUACGGGAGGUGAUGCGCAAUAGUGUGCGAUUUUCGAUGUACAGCUCUAAAAUGAGCACACAGCAAUCCACGCGCGAGUCGAUCUACUCUGGAAGGCCGCAGUCUAUUGCCAGCUCUGUGUUCAGCUAUGGUGUUGCAGUUCCUGUCAAACAUACUGUUGGAGAUGUUAUUCUAAACCACUCAGCUGCUAUGGACACAAUCCGUGCCGACCAGCCGCCGCAUUUAGAAGGUGAGGGAACCAUUCGUGCUUCAACGCGAAAUGUGUCUCUGGAAAAGAACGGCAGUUUGGAUUCGAAGCAACGGGCGCGCAUGUCUGUUGCGGUCUCUAUGCGAGAAAACAGAGAUUCGACGGUAAUCAAGCUUUUUGACGACGAGGACGACGACGAGUCGUUUGAUUCGUCUGAGCAACUCAGUUUCUCACUGGAAAACAAUGACGGUCCAUCUGUCUGGCACAAGGGAACUAAAAUUGGCCAGGGCUCUUUUGGUACCGUGUAUUUAGGACUCAAUGGACUGACAGGAGAGCUAAUGGCCGUGAAACAGGUUAGCCUUCCUCGGUCGUCUGAGGAUUCCAAACAGAAGAUGGUGAAUGCUUUGAAGCAGGAACUUUCGCUGCUCAGGGUCAUGAACCACGAAAAUAUUGUGCGCUAUCUCGGAUCAUCCGCCGAUUCUGACAAUAUUUACAUAUUUUUGGAGUACAUUCCUGGGGGGUCGGUGAGUUCGAUGUUAUCGACCUACGGGCCUUUUGAAGAGCCAUUGGUGCGAAACUUUGUCACACAGGUGCUCAUAGGGCUUAAAUAUUUACACGGCGAGGACAUUAUUCAUCGAGACAUCAAAGGAGCAAAUAUUCUGAUAGACAUUGACGGGACGGUGAAAAUCAGUGAUUUCGGUAUCUCGAAAAAAAUUGACAUCAAUGAUAGAGAGCUGGAGGAUACUGGCACCACCAAGCAGCAGAAACGCGCGUCUUUGCAAGGGUCCGUGUACUGGAUGGCCCCCGAGGUGGUCAAGCAGAUUGCCUAUACAGACAAAGCCGACAUCUGGUCUUUAGGGUGUCUGAUUGUGGAGAUGCUGACCGGCAAGCACCCGUAUCCGGGAUUUUCGCAGAUGCAGGCGAUUUUCCGCAUUGGCACGUUGACGGUGCCCAACAUUCCAGACGGCAUCACGGACGACUGUCGCGACUUCCUCACGAUGACUUUUGAGACCGAUUACAAAAAACGUUGCAAUGCCGCCAGGCUUCUGAAACACCCAUUUAUCACGCCGUUGUUGACGACAAAGCGCUAGGCCAGACUGCGGGUUUCUGGGGUCUGCGAAUGGUCUUUCAAAAUUGCAUUCAUGAGUGCGCUUCCUCCGCCGAGAACAAAAUAGCCGUGGCCAAGGUCCCGCAAGUGCUUUAUAUCUCUAGGAUGCCUAUUUAUUUCUAACAGGCUGUUUCUUCUAUUGGUAGUGUUGUAGAAGUGCUCGCUUUCUAUAAAAUUGUUGAGUUCUGGUGUUGAUUUUGAUGUCUGGAUGAGUCCCUGUGGUCUUGGUGGCAACUCCUCGUCAGUCGAAACCAUGGAAGCCGUUUCUGACACAGGCUGGUGUGCAGGAAUGUGUGAUGGCGGCUCUGACCCAACGAGAUCGUGCUCAUUCUCGCUGGUUUUGGCUCCGCAUAUCAGAAACACGCCUGAGAACGUGAGCAAAGCCCCGGCCAAGAAGACUAUGCACUGUGCGGCAGAUUUGUCCGCAAAGUCGUUGAAAACAACAAUCGAGCAGAGCAGAACAGCCGUGGUGAAAAACACAAAAUGGAUGGGCACCACUGUGGUGGCAUUGGCGAUUCUGAGACAAGAGUUUAGAUAGUGGACCUGGAACCCGGAGGUGCCGAUUAUGACCAGAAACAGCACGUAAGGCCGCCAAUUGACGAAUAUAUCGCGGAAAGGCACAAACUCAACUACCGAAGCCAGCAGUUUUGUGGAGAUCGCGGUGUAGGUGCCGAAAAGUGCCACUAGCGACAGAUGCAGGAGGAUGUAUGUCAUGGACCGUUCCAAGUUGCGCAGCCGGAGCAUGAGAACGACGAUGGUGACGAGUGUGCUUGCAAGAUAGAUGAGUGUUGGCGACGAAAGCACCAUGGAGUCUAUGUACGAAAAAGGGUCUUGGAUAGGCGGUGCUGCGGAAUCGCUGACCGAGGACAGUAUCAUGAAGACCACGCCGAUCGCGCUGGAGAAGGUACCGUAGAGGUCUCUGCGCCGGAUCUUUUCGUGGAACAGAACAGGCGCAAUAAAGGUGGAAUUCGAAAUGAUGGUCACGACGCCGAGAGGCGCCACGAUGCUGACGGGGGUCAGACCGUAGCUGACAAAAUUACCCACCUCUCCUAGAGACAUGAGCAUGAAGCCAAGCUGCCAUUUCAGGUUGCGGGCGUAAUGCUCGGAGCCCAAGUGGAGAUGGGCCUGUUUCUGAAUGUUCAGGGAGAUGGAAAUGAGUAUGUUGCCCGAAAC